GACUUGUAUGGACAACUGUGAUAUUUUCGUUUCUCUGUCUCUGAUCUGACCUUCUCUCCCAUGUUACUGACACAGGUUUAUUUUCUCUCCCUUUAGAGAGUUUUGAGGUGACAGUCACCAAAGAAGGUGAGAUCUGCGGCUUUAAGAUCCAUGACCAGGACGUGCCGUUUGAGGCCGUGGUAGUAGACAAGUCCACCGGAGAGGGAGUUAUCCGCUCUACGCAGAAACUGGACUGCGAACUGCAGAAGGAUUACACAUUUACCAUCCAGGCCUAUGACUGCGGGAAAGGACAAGAUGGAGCUAGUGCCAAAAAGUCUCACAAGGCGACUGUACACAUCCAAGUGAAUGACGUGAAUGAGUAUGCUCCAGUCUUCAAGGAAAAAUCGUAUAAAGCCACGGUCAUCGAAGGAAAGAAAUAUGACAGCAUCCUUAAAGUGGAGGCUGUGGACGCCGACUGCUCUCCUCAGUUCAGCCAGAUCUGCAGCUACGAGAUAGUGACACCUGAUGUACCUUUCACCAUUGACAAAGAUGGUUACAUCAAGAAUACAGAGAAGCUGAAUUAUGGUAAAGAGCGCCAGUACAAGCUUACAGUGACCGCCUACGACUGCGGGAAGAAAAGGGCUACAGAGGACAUACUGGUCAAAAUCAACAUUAAACCUACAUGCAAAGCAAGCUGGCAAGGCUACAGUAAGAGAGUGGAGUAUGAGCCUGGCACUGGCUCUCUGGCAUUAUUCCCUGGCAUGCAUCUGGAGACCUGCGAUGAACCAAUCACAUCAAUUCAAGCCACGGUGCAGCUGGAAACCAGCCACAUCGGCAAAGGCUGUGACAGAGACACGUACUCUGAGAAGUCUAUCCACAGACUAUGCGGUGCUACUGCCAACACCGCUGAACUUCUCCCACCUCCCAGUAGCGCCACCAACUGGACCGUGGGGCUGUCGACUGAUAAUGGCCAUGACAGUGACCAAGUGUUUGAAUUUAACGGCACCCAGGCAGUGAAGGUCCCCGAUGGCGUUGUGACUACUGAUCUUAAAGAUCCCUUUGUGAUCUCUGUUUGGAUGAGACAUGGACCUGGUGGCCGAGAGAAGGAAACCAUCUUGUGCAAUUCUGAUAAAACAGACAUGAACCGGCACCACUACUCUCUGUACAUCCACAACUGCAAAGUGGGCUUCUUGUUUCGUCAGGAGCCCACUGAGGAGAAGACUUACAAGCCUGCUGAAUUUCACUGGAAGCUUAAUCAGGCUUGUGACAAAGAGUGGCAUCAUUAUGUACUGACCGUGGACUUCCCUGCAGUCACACUGUACGUGGAUGGGGUUUCCUAUGACCCCACCACAAUGACUGAGGACUACCCCCUGCAUCCUACCCAUCUGGAGACUCAGCUUGUGGUUGGUGCCUGCUGGCAAGAGGAGCCCGGUGCUCACAUUUCUGGACUGACUUUGUUCUUUCUCUCUCUCUCUCUAUCUCAAGGUGGCGAGCAGCACAUGGCGCAGUUCUUCCAUGGAAAUCUCGCCGGAUUAAUGGUUAGAUCCGGCAAGUUGGAGAACAAGAAGGUGAUAGAUUGUCUGUAUACCUGCAAAGAGGGUCUGGAGUUCCCACCAGCAGAAGGUGUCGGGAAGGGCAUGAAGAUCACUUUAAGUCCCAGCCAAUCUUCGUUGACCCUGGAAGGUGAUGACAUUGAUCGCUUUGACCAGGCCAUGCAGCACAUCUCCUAUCUGAACUCCCGCCAGUUCCCUACACCUGGAAUCAGAAGGCUGAAGAUUACAACCACUGUGAAGUGCUUCAACGAGGAGACCUGUAUCAGUGUGCCCGAUGUGGAUGGCUAUGUCAUGGUGUUGCAGCCCGAGGAGCCCAAGAUCAGCCUGAGCGGCAUUGACCAUUUUGCCCGCGCAGCCUCAGAGUUUGAGAGCACAGAGGGCGUGUCCUUAUUCCCGGAACUUCACAUCAUCAGCACCAUCACCCGGGAGGUGGAGGCGGAGGGAGAAGGGGACGAGGAUCCUACUGUUCAAGAGUCUUUGGUUUCGGAGGAGAUCAUGCAUAACCUGGACACCUGUGAGGUCACUGUAGUGGGAGAAGAACUGAAUCCUGACCAGGAGAGUCUCCAGUUGGAUCUCACUCACCUGCAGCAGAAAGGGCUUGAGAUGACCAGCUCCAACCAAGGGAUCGUCAUCACAGGUGUUGACACCAUGGCCAACUAUGAGGAGGUCCUGCAUCUCAUCCGCUACAGAAACUGGAAUACCGCCACCUUGUUUGAUCGUAAAUUCAAACUGGUCUGUUCUGAGCUGAAUGGGCGCUACAGCAGCAACGAGUUCAAGGUGGAGGUUAAUGUGAUCCACACAGCCAGCCCUGCUGAGGCCCCCAAUCACAUAGCAUUUCAGCCCCAGUUUGUCCACAAUGCGCAUCACUCCUUCGAGGAUCUCUCCGGGCACAAUCUGAUCAAUCCACACCCGACAUCAGUUGUUCCCAGCGCAGCCACCAUCGUCAUCGUGGUCUGUGUGAGCUUUCUAGUCUUCAUGAUCAUCCUUGGUGUGUUUCGUAUCCGUGCCGCUCACCAGCGCACCAUGAGGGACCAAGAAAGUGGCAAAGAAAAUGAGAUGGACUGGGAUGACUCGGCCCUCACCAUCACCGUCAACCCCAUGGAGACCUAUGAGGACCAGCACAGCAGUGAGGAGGAAGAGGAGGAUGAAGACAGUGAAGAGAGCGAGGAUGGAGAAGAUGAUGACAUCACCAGCGCCGAAUCAGAAAGCAGCGAGGAAGAGGAGGGAGAACAAGAGGAAGACCAGCAGAAUGUCAACCGGCAGCAGCAGCUGGAGUGGGACGACUCCACUCUGACCUAUUGA